AUGAACGUCGUGUGGGGGCAUUUCCAGACCGCGUACCCGCGCAAGGGCUGCACCGUGAUGGAUGACGAUGUGGGGAAGCUAUGGCAGCCACUUAUGGCCAGCGGCAGCGAGGACGAGAGCGACGGAAGCCUGGAGGGCGAAGAAUUAGGCGGUCUGUUGCCGCAUCGGGACAUGCGGCCGCAGUUCGACGAGGGAGCGGCAAUUCGUCGAAAACGCCGACGACGCAAGGACGAGGAGGAUCUGGGGGAGGUGGCUAGAGGCGUUACAGUCAGUGUCGAGCCGCUCAAGCUGCUGCGAUCCGUUGGCAGCUGGAUGGUGUCGCUCUCGGCUGCGGGCAAUCUCCUGAUGCUGACGCACCGACGCAAGCAAGAGAACAUGGACGAGGUAGUGGACCGCGCCCUAGCAGUGGUGGCCCUCAUCGCGGUGGGCUUUUGCUUCCUGUUGCUGCUUGUGGUGUACUCUCAGGCGGCGUAG